GUGAAUAUUUACGCAAAUCUGUUCAAAAUAAUUCAGCUACGAAAAUAACAAAAAAUAAAUUAAAAGCGCCAACUAACAUACAAAAAAGAAAAAAAUAUUCUCUUGAUAAAGAUAUUUCGAAUGAUGAUAAUGACAAUGAACAGAUUUCAAAUAAUAAUAUUGGUCGAGAUAGGCAACAAAGGAAUUGGAAUAAUCAAGAACAAGAGAGUCAAAAUGAGCAAGAAGAAAAUCAGGAUGAACAAAUACAAGAUAUUUGGGAUAAGCAAGUACAAGAGAAUCGAAAUGAACAAGAAAAUCAGGAUGAGCAAGAACAAGCAAAUCAAAGUUCAGGAAAUGAAUAUCAAAUUAUUACAAAAAAUAAAAAAAAAUGA